CUUUCUCUCCUCCCGCUCCAGUCUUUGUGUCCCAGGUGUGUGUUCGGGCCCUGUGAGCAGUGAUGGGGGAUUGGAGUCUCCUGGGGAAUUUCCUAGAGGAGGUCCAGGAACACUCCACCUCGGUCGGGAAGGUCUGGCUCACCGUCCUCUUCAUCUUUCGCAUCCUGGUGCUCGGCACGGCGGCCGAGUCGUCCUGGGGCGACGAGCAGAGCGACUUCCUGUGCGACACCCAGCAGCCCGGCUGCACCAACGUGUGCUACGACAGCGCCUUCCCCAUCGCCCACAUCCGCUACUGGGUGCUGCAGAUUGUGUUUGUCUCCACGCCGUCCCUCAUCUACAUGGGCCACGCCAUGCACAUUGUGCGCAGGGAGGAGAAGCAGCGGCGGGUGGAGCAGGAGGAGAGGGAGGAGCGGGGGGAAGGAGGAGAAGACCUGGCCGGGGAGAAGGAGUACCUCCAGCAGAAGGCGAGCGGAAGAAUGGUGUCAUCCGACGGGACCGGGCGCGUCCGCCUGAAAGGAGCGCUGCUGCAGACGUACAUCCUGAGCAUCAUGAUCCGCACGGUGAUGGAGGUGACGUUCAUCGUGGUGCAGUACAUGAUCUACGGGGUGUUCCUCAGGGCGUUGUACCUGUGCAAGUCGUGGCCCUGCCCCAACCCCGUCAACUGCUACAUGUCCCGGCCCACGGAGAAGAACGUCUUCAUCGUCUUCAUGCUGGUGGUGGCCGCCGUGUCUCUGCUGCUCUCCGUGCUCGAGCUCUACCACCUCGGCUGGAAGAGCGCCACGAGGUGUUUGCGCAAGAAGAGGAUGCAGGAGGGCAGCCGAAAGGCGGCGACGGCGGCGGCGGCGUCCGCGGCGUCCGCGGCCCUGGAGCCCAACGGCCCCCCGCUGCCCUCAGCCUCCUGCACCCCACCGCCUGACUUCAGCCAAUGCCUGGCGGCCUCGAGCCCCAUGAGCCCCAUGACCUCUAUGGCCUCGCAUCCCUUCAGCAACAGGAUGGCGCUGCAACAAAACUGCGCCAACUUGGCCACGGAGCGGCAUCACAGCUGCGACGACCUGGAGGACGAGAAAGACUUCACCAGGAUGCGAUUCGACCACGUGGCCCCAGAGAUGCCCCUCAGCUGCUCCCCGUCGCCGCUGCUGCACUCCGGCUACGUGAAGGACAAACGCCGCCUGAGCAAGACCAGCGGCACCAGCAGCCGGGCUCGCCAGGAUGACCUGGCAGUGUAGGCUCAAAGCACAAAGGGGGAAGGGACAGAACGUUCAGGACGCAUCAAAGAGGAGUCUGCCUGUGAGGGAAGGGGUCAAAAGCGUGAGGUUCACUUUGGAACCAUGAUCACAGAGGACGGACUGGAUGUUCACCGGAGGGAGGGGCACAGGUCUGUCGGAGGACUCGUGUGGACUUGUGUGAGCUCUGUGAGCAGAGGUCCU